UAUCAAAGUGACUAGUCAAGUAUAAACCGUCGCAGACCGUCCGCAAGGAAGGCCGUGAAGAAAGGCGAGGCAUCCUCAUUUUGUGUUGUCUUUUACCAUAGUCUGUAGGCCUGACUGACAACAUUCAAUUGUGAAACAUCUUAUUUUGGCUGUAGAAUUCAAUCAGCAACUCGUAAGGUUCAGAAGGGCCAGCAACCAUCUAUCGUGCAAACUCGCCAGAGCUAUCGUGGCGACAACAAUCUGUAGACUGCUCGAUUAGCUGGGAGUAGGUGGGGCAGCCAUGCCACGCUCAUACGCCGAGGAGGUGGCCUUUAUACGGCAGCUGGGGCCUGUCAAGUACGAGGUGUCGCCCGGGUUCGUGCCGGGUAUGCACGUGCCCGGCACCUUCUACGUCAAUGAUGCGCUCAAGGGGCUCCUGUUCGAAGAGUUGCAGCAAGCGGUGGUGCGCGGCGAUCACGGCGGAUUCCUGCCGGCAGUGAAGCAGCUCGCCAACGUGGCCGCUCUGCCCGGCAUUGUGAAGCGCUCGAUCGCACUCCCUGACGUGCACUCCGGGUAUGGCUUCGCAAUCGGCAACGUGGCGGCAUUCGACAUGGACAAUCCCGAAGCGGUGGUGUCGCCGGGCGGAGUUGGCUUCGACAUCAACUGCGGCGUGCGGCUGCUGCGCACCAACUUGACAGAGGCCGAGGUGGGCCCGGUGCGGGAGCAGCUGGCUCAGGCGCUGUUUGACCACAUCCCCGUGGGCGUGGGUAGCCAGGGCAUCAUCCCCACCACGGCUAAGGACAUGGAGUCCGCUCUGGAGCUGGGCAUGGACUGGUCGCUGCGGGAGGGCUACGCCUGGGCUGAGGACAAGGAGCACUGCGAGGAGUACGGCCGCAUGCUCAACGCGGACCCGCGCUACGUGAGCUCGCGCGCCAAGAAGCGCGGCCUGCCGCAGAUGGGCACCCUGGGGGCGGGCAACCACUACGCCGAGGUGCAGGUUGUGGACGAGGUGUACGACGCCGUGGCUGCCCGGCGCAUGGGCAUCGACACGCCGGGCCAGGUGGUGGUGAUGAUCCACAGCGGCAGCAGGGGGCUGGGGCAUCAGGUGGCCACUGACGCGUUGGUGGCCAUGGAGCGGGCCAUGGCGCGGGACGGCAUCAUCACCAACGACAGGCAGCUGGCCUGCGCGCGCAUCAACAGCGAGGAGGGGCAAGCAUACCUGAAGGCCAUGUCCUGCGCCGCCAACUACGCCUGGGUCAACCGCAGCAGCAUGACCUUCCUGGCGCGGCAGGCGUUUGCCAAGAUCUUCAAAUCCACUCCUGAUGACCUCGACAUGCACGUGGUGUACGACGUCUCACACAACAUCGCCAAGGUGGAGCAGCACUGUGUGGACGGCCAGCAUAGGCGGCUGCUGGUGCACCGCAAGGGCUCCACGCGCGCCUUCCCGCCGCACCACCCGCUGAUCCCCGCCGAUUACCAGCUGAUCGGCCAGCCGGUGUUGGUGGGCGGCACCAUGGGCACCUCCUCCUACGUCCUCACCGGCACCGAGCAGGGUUUCACUGAGACGUUCGGCUCCACGUGCCACGGCGCGGGCCGCGCCCGCAGCCGCAACAACAGCCGCAACAAGCUGGACUACCAGGACGUCCUGGACAACCUCAAGGCCAAGGGCAUCGCCAUCCGUGUGGCCUCGCCCAAGCUGGUCAUGGAGGAGGCGCCGGAGAGCUACAAGGACGUGAGCGAGGUGGUGGACACGUGCCACCAGGCGGGCAUCAGCAAGAAGGCGGUGAAGCUGCGGCCCAUUGCGGUCAUCAAGGGGUGAUAAAGGGCGAGCGAGGGGAAUGGAGCGCAAGGUGCGGCGUAAUAGUAGGUGUUGCAGACGUGCAAGGGGUGCAAUGGUGCGUAACUAACGGGGCAAGCAGCGGCCUCUUGCGGCCAUCAAGGGCUGAGGCGCGGCAUUGAGGCGCACUGGACUCAUUGAAUGGGUUAGGCGAGGGGUUAGGCGGUCAAGGAGCGCCGCAUUGCAGUCAUGUACGGUUUUGCGGCUCAUCGCGGUCAGCAAGGGCUGCGGUGUUGAUUGGGCUAAGCUGUGGCAUACCGUGAUUGGGAAAGGGAUGAGGUGGUCCAGCUGCGGCAAUGUGAUUUUUAACAGGGUAGCACCCGGCGGUGCAGCAAUGGUUUGUCCUUGUUUGCGUGACCUACGAUGUGUGACGUGCAGAUGAUAGGACGAAUGAGUGGCUACGUUGGUGUGGCAGGAUGCGAUCACAAUCAAGCCGCUUUGGGGAGGAGGAGAGGGGAUUCAAGCAAAUAUUGUGAUCCCGUGAUGGUGGCAGGUGAUGGCAAUAAUCGGACUGAUGGCAGGACAUGAGCCGGGUGGUGGACUGGUGACGGACAACUCCAGAUCAAGGCCAAACCUCCUCCGCACCCUGUUGGCUGGUUCUGGAUCUAGGUUUGUUUGGAAGACGCGGCCGCGUCUGGCAGUUAAUCGUGAUACCGUACUUUGUUUUGAGUUGAACUGUGGAAGUGCGUGUGCGAGUGGAGAGCUUGGUACACGGUCGGAAUCUUACAGGGUGCACGACGUGCAUGCGUCCAGCGUAGUGCCGUGCUGUAGUUGGCAGGUGUGGGCUCGGCCUAGCGUGGCGCACACGAUGGCGACGGGGGCGCAGGGUGUUGGAUGCAAGGGUCAUUUCACUCUUAUGAGUCAGGGUUGCGGGGUGCCUGACUCGGCCCAUGUGGCCCCCGACGUUGCCCCGGCCCCGACGUGGCCCUCGUCUGACAUUGACACCCUUGCUUCGAGUGUGCAGCCAGGCGCAGCGGGCCUGCUGGACAAACCGGGGUGCGGCAGCAGCCAGGCACUGCAGGUCUAAGAGAGCCGGACACUGGACAGGGCAAGGGGCCCCGUCUUGCAAGCGAUGUGAGGGCACGUCUGCUGUCAAAAGUUGGUAGGAGGUAGGACGGCAGUUAGCCGUUCAGCAGGGGCAUCAGCUAGCCCAUCAGUGUUGCGUCUGUGGCAACCUUGCCAACGUCUUGUAGGAGUUUGGCUUGGGUGCUAAUUUGCAUGCAUGCGGAACAUUCCGUGCGUACGGCAGCCAAGUCUGGUUCAACUUUGGGCGGGGAUGAUUUGCGUAUGGGCGAUUGGGCGUGCGAUGGGCGAGUUUUGGGACCAUUGGGGAAGCGACCGCAUGUUUGGGAACUGGGAAGGAAGCAACCUUGCCAUUCGCAUGUCGUAACUUUCGUAUAGCAGCUUGUACGGUAUAGCCGAGCAA